UGGCUGCUGAUGUGAGCAAAGACCACAGAGCAGAGGGCGUGCUUCAUCACACAGCUGUAGCACUUUUGGUUAAUGAGACUGUGGAGCACUUGGGCUUUCAGACUGAAGCUGUAGCUGACAAAAAAACAAAUCAGAAAAGUGAUCCCUUCACUUUUUGAAAUAUCUUGGAUUUUCUGCAUUUGGAUUAUCUUUCUAUUCUGCUCAUCCACACACUUGAAGAUCUGUUUUCAGGAUGACCAUAAUCCUGUGGACCAUGGGUCUCUUUCUACUUGUGCAGAGCUGCUUCUGCAGCAUUGGAGAGACCAAUAUAGGCUGCAUCAAGUGGAAACAGAGUGGGAAAGAUGUUUGCUGUGAAGCCUGUCAUCCAGGGAACCGUCUUGUCAAACACUGUGGUCCAAGUCCAAAGGACCUUUGCACUCCUUGUCAACCUGGGACUUAUACAACUGACCCUAAACUCCGCAGGUGUUAUCCGUGUACUCAGUGUGUAGGACCUCAAUUCACGGUAAAACCCUGCACAACAUCCACUGAUACUAAGUGUGGCUGUAAAGACGGACUGAUAUGUGGUGAUGAACAGUGUAGUUUCUGUACUGAGAAGUGUGGCAAAGGCCAGGAACCAACAGAAAACCGUUCUUGCAGACCAUGUCCUCACGGUACCUUCAAUGACCAAAGUCACCAGAAAUGUAAACCUUGGAGUGCCACGUGUCCCCAUCCAGACCAGUUUAUUGAGGCCAAAGGAGAUGCAUUCAGUGACAUCAAGUGCAACAACGUUACAGUUAUGCCAUUGGUUCCAGUGGUUCCAGACAAAAAUCGUGAAGAGGUGUGGCCAUGGGCCUUUUGCAUGGGCCUCUUUUGUGCACUUCUGAUAGCCUUCAGCAUCAUCAUCUUCACCACCAGCAUGGCCCGAAAAGUCCUCAAGAAACGAAAGAGCAUGAAGAAGAAAACCAAAAAGACACCAAUAAUCCGAACUCCUACAGAUGAACCCAGGACCCUGAUAGCAGUUGAGUGCAGUUUUCAUGAGGCCCAGCAAGAGCAGGGGAGCAGCACAGAGACGCUGGCAUCCAAGGACUCCUCAGAUCAGCUUAUUCCAUGAAAGAAAAGGAACCAAGUGUACCGUGACACUCAAGUACCUGUUGAAAUAUUUUGAAACUCGGGGGAGAGAAACAAGAUAUCCCGAGUAGGAUCAGGUCAGUUUUUUGACACUUAUCCAGGUUUGGAGGAUGUCCUCAGAGGAUGUCCUGAGCCAAAACCCAUGGCUCUGAAAGGAAAAAAAACAGGACGCUGUAUUCAACAAACUUUUUUUUUUUUUUUUUUAAAUCCACUCUUCUUUCAUUUACAAAAAAAAUAAACAAAUACUUUGGGUUGGGUUAGAUGUAGCUUUGAAUAUUUCUCUGUAAUUACCACUCAGCACAAUGAUAAUGAGACUUUUUAAUAUUGCAAUAAAGUCAUGAGGAAAGGAAGGGGAAUUCUAACAGGGAAAAAACAUUUGUAUUAUCUAUUUACAGCAGAUAAUUGUGGCCAUGGUUUUCCUUUUCAGUUCAGUAUUUACAUUUACAUUGAGUUUAGAACCUAACUUUCCAAACACAUCACUGGAAACCUUUAGAAUUUAUUUGAGCUUUGAAACCAAAAGCCUUCAUUUGAGCUCAAUCUUAACUCCAAGUACUGUGUGUAAUAGAAUUGUAGCAUUUAAUGUGAAUGAGUGUGGCUGCUGUUGUUUGGUAAUCGCCUGGGUGUUGCUCUGUAUGAAUGUACAGUUCAGUGGGUGUAAGACAGCAGAGAGGUUUCAGUCACGCCUAAUGAACCUCAUACCUCCAAAAAUAGACUGGGUUUUAUUGAAAUGCUGAUGCUGAGUCUAGAAACCUACUUUUACUGCUUAAUUUUGUAACUGUCAGUAGCCAAAAAUGACUGUACUGUGCUGAUAUAAUCACAGUUCUAGAACAUGACACUUAAUCUAUUAAGGAAAAGACUUGGCUUCCUGCUCCAGUGGAUGGGAACUCCAUUGUGGGAUCAAUUAUGAUGGUGACAUAAGAUAAAAAAGUACUACCAUGUGCAAAACAGCAUUGGCACCUCCUCUUUACCCCACAUUGUUUUGCCAGGAAUUACAUGGACUUUCCUGACUGUUUCACAGCCAAAAAGGUCAAUGAAGGGUUUUCCCCACAUGUAAAUAUGUGUUUACUACAUCUUAAGACAAAUCACCACAAGUUCUGCUUAACCUACACUUUCGUCUUCUAUUGAGGAUGUUUAAACCGAAUACUGCUGCAGGUUGAUACGUGCCUCUUUGGGGUUCCACACAAUCCAGUGUUUAACAAAUUUAUCAUGUUACUAGUCAUGCUGAUUCUUGACAUUCCUAUGAAAUGUCUCAUAGGUCAUGAGAUGUUUUGUCAGGAAAACAUAUGACUCACUUUAGGGAAAUGCAUAGGAGACAAUAAAAAUGCCAAUAAAGGUUCAAGUCUGAUUAGAAAAUAUCCCCUUCCUGAAUAUUACUAGUUAAAAACUGAAAAAAUGUACUCGUGUGGGCAGCUAGAUCAGACAUAGCGGAAUUUUACUUACUGUAUUUCUUUUACUGUAUUGUAACAAGUGUAUUAUCUACUGAAAUGGAACAUUUGUCACCACAGACUGUGUGGGUUAAAUGUGAGAACGUUAACCCACAACUAUAGUAAUGUAUCACUGACUAAGUAUGUGUCACACCUGCUGAGACUGUUUCGGGUGAAAGGUAGCAGGCGCCGCCUUCAGUUACAUCAAUUAAGAGUUACUUCUAAUCUGGACUGCAGCACUUUAUUUUACCUCCAAACUAUAAGGACGUUAUGUGAUAUACUUGUAUUUUUGUAUAAUGUGAUGGAUUUAUAUUUUUUCAGUACAUGUAUCCAUUGUUUUACACUGUAUUUUUCAUUUAAUAAAUUCUUUCUGUAUUCAUUCAAAGUACUGUACAC